AUGGAAACGAUUUUAACGACGUCGGAUACUACUACUACUACUACUACUACUACUACUACUACUACUACUACUACUACUACUACUACUACUACUACUACUACUACUACUACUACUACUACUACUACUACUACCACUACUACUACUACUACUACUACUACUACUACUACUACUACUACUACCACUACUACUACUACUGGAUGA